UGCGUACGUUCUAGUUUUGUCCCCAAAACUACUGGAGCAUCAAGUCUACGAUGAAGUUUGUCUUUCGCAUAGCAACCCAAUCCAAUCGAAAUGUCCGACGAAAGACCUUCAAGUAAAGAGCGAAUAGAAGCUGGUGAUAUGGAGGAGCCAGCAGCUGAUGAACUACAAGGAGAACCAGGUGAGCUGACUGAUGCUCCUGGUGAGGAGGAUCAAGAAGCAGAGGAGGCUGUACCUACCCCAGUGGCUGAAGAAAGACCUGCAUCAGCAACACAGAGACCUCCUUCUGCAUCUCAGCGUCCUCCAUCUGCGUCACAAAGACCCCAGUCAGGCACAGAAAGACCCCCCUCAGCCAGCCAACGACCGCCGUCAGCCAGCCAGCGGCCCCCUUCAGCCAGCCAGCGCCCUCCCUCAGCUACCCGUCCACCCUCUGCAGGGAGUGGGCGGCCCUCGUCUGCUGCACGUCCCCCAUCUGCAGGGGCAAGACCGGCAUCUGGGUCCAGAAGAUCUGGAUCAGGUGCCCAGAGGCCCCCAUCUGGAGAGAGAAGAUCACCUGCUCCAGCCCAAGCCUCACCCCCUGCCACGCCCCCUGGUGUUGAGGAAGAGGAUGCAGGUCCUUUACAACUUGAACCUGAGCCUGCAGGAAUACCCCCACAAGAUGACGUUCCCCAGGGUUAUACCAGCAUCCCUCCCAUGGAUACCGCCCAGAUGAUGGGUGGAGAGGUGGAGGAAGAGGAGGAAGAAUACCAACCCAGAUUUGGAAGACAAGGAGAAGAAGAUUAUGAUGUAGACUCAGAGGCAUCGGAUGAUGAGAGUGAGAUGGUGGUCCUGGAUCCAGACCAUCCCUUGAUGAGACGCUUCCAAGACGCCCUGAAGGGCCACCUCACCAAGCAGAUGGAGAAGGUGGAGCUCGAGGUGCGGGAGUUGAAGGAGGCACUCAAGGGCAAGCUCCAGGACAGGGAGGAGCUUGGAGUCAAUCUCUACGGCAUGCAGCAGGAGCUCGCCAGACAGCAGACUCUGCUGGAGAAGAAACACGAUCAGAUGGGGCAGCUUUCACAGAUGAGGGCACAGUGUGAGGAACAGCUCAGGGAGGUCAGGGAGAUGUACAAGAAGACUCAGCAGAAUGUCAAUAGCCAGAGGAAAGAAUCGGCUGCACUCCAGACUGAAGUUGAAAACUUGGCCCUUCAUCUGUACUACAUGACCAAUGCUAAGGAAGACAUCAGGGGAGACAUUGCUGUCAUGCGUAGGGCAGCGGAGAAGGCAGACACAGAGGUCUCCAAAGCAGAGGAAGACAAACAAAAACAGGACCUGUAUGUUGACCGUCUGACUGAGACAGUAGAUAAACUGAGGGAGCAGAUUGCCCUGUAUGAAGCCCAGAGCUCAGCUCAGGGAGAGGAGACAAAAGCUGCCAAGGAGGCCUUAUCAGAAGCUAGGAUGGAAAUUGAAUCCAUCAAUCUUGAGAAGAAGCAAUUGUUUCAGCAGUGGAACAGCAGUCUAAUUGGAAUGAGACGCAGGGACGAAGCACACGCUGCUAUGCAGGAAGCCCUCAGUCAGCAGAAGCAGCACAUCAUGUCACUGGCCACCGAGAUCGAGGGUUACAAGAAAUCUAUCAUGAAGGAACAAGAGAACAACGAGACCCUCACGCUGCUGCUUCAGAAGAACGAGAUCGACAUCAACUCACUGAGGAAACAGAUCGCUACCAGCCAGGAUAGGCAGGAGAAGAUCAAGCAGGAAUACAGCACCUACUCGCGUAUGCUCCACGAGACGGAGCAGGCCCUCAAUAGGGCAACAACGGACCGCACACUAAGGGUCAACGAGCUGACCGCCUUGAGGAAGCAGAUCGAGAGAGAAUACCAGGAGAAGCUUAGGCUGGAGGAAUCCAUCAUGGACACUCUGCGCAACAAACUCACCAUGGACAAGGCUGCCCACUAUGCCAAGAAGAUGGCGGGGAACAUCCGGAAACGCAUCGCUGAUCAGGAAGCUGCCAAAGCUAAGGUUGAGAAUGAGAUCUCCCAAGACACCCUGGACCUGUCCAACACCAACACCAGGGUUGAACAGCUACGGAAGUCCCUCAAGGAACUAGACAAUGAGAUCCAUGAGAAGAACCAGAUCAUCUCUCGUAGCGAGGGUGAGAUCGUGAAGAGGAAUGCUGUCAUCGAGCGCAAGCAGGGACAAAUUGACCAGUAUAACAAGAAGAUAGAGGCAGUGACGAGCGCUCAGGGUGGUGAAGAGCUUGGCCCUCUAGAGCAGGAAGUCAACGCCCUGACCAAGAACAUUGACACCAGGACUCAAGAGAUAGCUGACCUUCAGCAGUUCUGGCUACGGCAGCAGGGUGAACUGGUCAAGAUGACCCAAGACAAGGAUAACCAACAGAUGGAGGUAGACACCAUGAAGAAGGCUCUGACCAUCCUCCAUCAGAAGAAGAUGAGGAUUGAAGGUGAGAUCGAAGGACAACUUUACGAUCGCAAGAUGGUGGACAAGAGCAUACAGAACAUGCAGAAUGACAUGCUGAAACUAAACCAACUACUCACCCGGGAAGGCAAGAUAAGACAGGAUCUACAACAAGAUAAUAUUCUCAUUGAGAAUGACUUUGUGCUUUCUCUCAGGGAGGCUGAGAGAGAAUCACUUGAGAUGCAAGCCAAACUUGAUGAACUGGGUGAAGAGAAGGAGAGACUCCUCAACAGCUUGGUAGAGGCAGAACGUCAGAUAAUGUUAUGGGAGAAGAAGACGCAGUUAGCCAGAGAAGCCAAGGCUACAGUAGACUCUGAGGUUGGUCAAGGAGAGAUCAGGGCUAUGACUGCUGAGAUACAUCGUAUGGAGGUGCGUCACACCCAGUUGAUGAAACUCCAAGAGAAGCUCAUCCAAGACAUGGAGAAGGCCGUAUCCCGUCGUGACACCAUUGUGACGAGAGGCGACGCCCAAUCUAAGAUGAACAAGAAGGUAGAGACUAAGGGAGCAUUCCAGAAAAAACUCCUGGAGCUCAAGAAGAAGAUCAAGGAGACUCAGCAGGAUGCAAACAGCUGUGACAAUGACAUUGCUGAGCUGCGUAGCCAUCAACAGAUGUUGAACCAGCAGCUUGAUAACAAACAGAGAGAGUUCCAUGAACUACAGAGUAUGGCUGAUACACAGGAUGGUGACAUUGAGAGAUUAGUUGAACUCAAACAAAAGCAUCUUGCUGAUAUCGUCUCUCGACAACGCAAGGUCAAGAACUACCAGGCCCUGAAGGACGGCAAGUACACUCUGCUCUGCAAGACGGAGGCUGCCCUUGAGGCCGAGUCCCAGAAACAGCUCGACAAGAUGCAAACCGUUGCUACCAUUGCUGACCGUCUUAUCACAGAGUUCCCUCAGAUCCAGCCAGCCAUGCGACGCGUCCAGAUGGUGCUGAGCUCAAGGGGAGGAGCCGAUGAUGACAUGUAGAUGAGUUCAGAUAGUGUAAAACACAACCUGAUCUGUAACACGAAGGAAGCCACCUUGUGAUAUUUUGUUUCUCAAAUGCUUUGUCAAAAAAAUUGGGGAUGAACCAGCAAUACAUUACAACGACUGCUCCUCAAACUGUUGUUUUUUACUUUUAAUACCCAAUCCACCUGGGGAGGGAUAUUCCUAAUUUUUGUUUCAGGAAGGUCUUCUUUUUCGAUUUUUCUUUGUAAAAUUGUUAUUUCUUCUUGGUCUUCAGGAAUUAAAGGAUGUGUCUCUUUGAAAUAAGUUACAAUAAAUAAUACAAAGGGAAAUUAUAAAGCUUAUAAUGGCCUUGUUAUGCAUAACAUAUCCCUAUAACACUCCGAAUUGUCGCUACUGCUAUUAGCAUCGGCAGGAUUGCUGUUAAUGGCAAGUUUUAUGUCAUUGGGACAUGGAUAUGGAUCAACAUAACUCCUUAUUUAAAGUUGACACUCCAAAGCAGUUUUGUUUGGGUUUUAAAUGAAUUUCUGCCCUUUGCGGCAUAUAUGCUUUAAUAGGUUUUUCUCAGUGAAAAUGCUAAAUUUACCAUAAUAUUUUUCUGUAAAAUCAAUGAAAGCUUGGCUUUAAGUUAACCUAACCUUGUUAAUUUGUGCCUUUAUACAAUGCCAGUCAUCAUCAUAGUGUUGGUAUUACAUAGAGCACAAGGAUGCAUAUUUUGAUAUGUGAUUAUCACUUCAUCUGUAAUACCUUGAUGUGGGGAUAUAUCAUAACCUGUGAUAAUCAUCAAAUAACAUCAAGGAAUGUUCACAUUCUACUUUCUAUUUACCUAGAUCUAACAUAAAAACAGGUGCAGUAGAUGAAGAAAGAUUGGUUAGGGUUAAUAUCAUUAUGACAUUCUCCCUUUUACCCUGCGACUUGGAUUAGGGUAAUGAGAGAAAUAUGGCUUUGUUUUAUGACCUCACUGCAAUAAUUGUGAGAAUCGAUAUAUCAUUGACUCAAUAUCCGAUGAUCAAUGCAACAAUAUUUUUAUAUAAUUGUCACAGUAUGCCGCCAUACCCAAUUUAAUUCACGAAAUAUCUGGUAGUCUGUGUGUUACACUGGUGUCAGUUCACUUUGUUUUCUUUUACCAAACAGGGCCCUGUAACAUAAAGAGAUACAAUCAAUAUUAGGAAUCAUUUGCAACUUUUUAUACACAGUUUGCAAUAGACUUUACAGUUAUGAUAAAUUGUUCAAUGUUGCAGGACCAGAUGGAUGUUUCAUAGAGCUGUUCGUAAGUUACAAACAACUUUAUUAACGACUGGUGAUCCUUUCUUAGAAGAUAAUUAAACUUACAUCAAUGAAAAUUUGCAGUAUAUCCUUUACCACAAAAAGGAUCACCAGUUGUCGAAAAGUCGCUUAACUUAUAAACGUUCGUAAUUUAUGACUGCUUUAUAUGAAACAACCAUCUCUUAUAUUUUUCAGUACAAAGAAAAAAAUGUGAGGAGGUUGUGUUUUAACUUAAAAGUUGAUGGAUUCUUUCAACUUUCAAGUGGAAUCCUAUAUACAUAUAGGUAUACCAGUAACAAUUGUACUGUAGAUACAUAAGUGAUGAUUAUACAAAACCACCUUGAUGUGAAUAGUAUAUUAUCAAAAUAUAUUUCCAUUGAAACAGAUUAUUUAAAAUGUAAAUGUAAAAUUUAUAUGAAUAGUGUAAAUAUUUGUAUUCAUAAAAGUGCAGACUUAUGUGUCCAUGCAAUGUGUGUGAUUGAGAGAAGCCAAUUGUAUAAUAUACAUAUUUGUAUCUUUUCAGAGCAUACUGCUAACUUGCAUUUGCUGAUAUGUAAUUUGUUUGCUUCUUGAAAAAUAUUUGUGAAAUAUAAUAUCGUAUGUGUAAAUUCUGAUUAAAAUGAAAGGAAAUAUAAAGUUGA